AUGAGUGACUCCAAAGACACGACCAGUCGCCAUCUAAGGCAUAAGCUUCAGAGCCUUGGACGACGUCUGGAUGAGCUUGAGGAGGCUACCAGCAAGCUCCAGAAGGCUGAGGAUGAGCUACUGGAUCUCCAAGACAAGAUUAUCCAGGCAGAGGGAAGCAACUCCUCACUUCUGGGUGAUGUGGAGGCACUUCGAAAACGUGUGCUUAAGAUUGAGGGCAAAGAUGAGGAAGUGCGAAAGGCUGAGGACCUUUGUCGCACCGUAAGGGAGAAGUUAGAAGAGGAGGAAAAACUCACUCGAGAGCUCAAGGUAGAGAUUGAGCAAUUGCACCGGAGAAUGGCUGAGCUGGAAAAGCUUGAGGAGGCCUUUGGCAAGAGCAAAUCAGACUGCACCCAGCUAUGCUUUAGUUUGAAUGAAGAGAAAAACUUGACCCGGAAGCUUUCCUCUGAGUUGGAGACCCUCAAGGCCCGCAUAAAGGAAGUGGAUUCCUCAGAAGCCCGUCUUGACAAAGCAGAGCAGGCCCUCACUGCAGAGAUGGAAAAACUGAGAGGGCUCACCCAGACAUUUGUCAAUGAACGCAAGAGGCUGCUGGAAAAACAAAGAGAAGAUGAAAAAAUCAUACUUAAACUGACAGAGAGGUUAGAUCGCCAAAAGAACAAAAUUAGCUCUGCAGGCCAUGAACACACAGAUUCUAGGGAUCUCCGAAUUGAAGAUGACUUUUCGACUGGCCUGACCAGCAAACUGGCAAGGAAGAAGAGCUUUGACUAUCUGAAGCGGUCUGAUGACUUGGGCCUAAGGAACAAGUCUGAGAAUGAGAAGAACAGCUCAGAUGGUCAGGAGGACAACAAGGUAAAGGACCUAAAUCAGGAAGUGGAGAGGCUAAAAAACCGUCUGAAGCAGUUAGAGUUGGUUGAGGAGGACCUCAAGAACUCUGAGUCUAAGUAUGCUGAGCUGAUGGAAAAACUCCAGCAGGAGCAGGACCGAACCAAAGCUCUCAGUGGUGAGGUUGAGCAAUUGAAGUUGCAGCUUUAUGGAAGUAGCAACAAUGGAGAAUCAGCUGGCAGCAGCAUGGCAAAGGUGCUUGAGAAUGGUAAGGCUGAAAAUGAAGAGAUAAACGUAAGGGGAGGGUUGAGACAUGAGAAGCCCAAGUUAAGGAGUGCUGCUGUUGCUGAACCCUUCGCUAACAAAUAUAAGAGCAGAGAUGGAUCACCCCAACACAGAAGGGACACUAAACUUAGGAACAAGGACCUUAGUAACUCCGCAGAAAGCUCCCCCACACUGACUCGCAGGGCACAUAGCCCUGCACACAAAGUGAAGAAGGCAUUGAAAUCUGGGUCUGCGGACACUGACAAUGGACUGAAGGACACAGGGAAGGGAAUUGAGGACAAAGUUGGUGGUGCCACUUCAACUAGCACGUCUAGUGACAGCAAGAAACUAUCUGUCCUCAGCCGUUACCCCCCAGCUGUAAAUGACCAAAAGUCAUGGAAGACCUCAUAUAAAUCAAGUGAAAUAGAAAUUAAGAAGAGUAAAGUUGAGAAAUUCUCCAGGUUGUACACAGCUAGUGACAGUGAGGCAAACAAUUCUGAUGUUCUUGCAGUCUCAAACAAGGAUAUGGCCUUAUCUGAAAAAGAACGAGAAUCUACAGAUCAGGAUGCUUUUUCAGCAUCAAGCCAUUCAAAAGCAAAUGGGUCCUACACUGCCUAUAGGUCCCACAUUCCCUCAUUGGCUGCCGGUGACCAUAGAUCUGAAGGCCAGUCCUCAGCCUCAGAGGCUGAAUCUGCAGGUUCAAGACGGUCAGUAGAUGAACAAGAUCGAGGAACUGUAUCAACAGUUUUAAGUGCAAGAGCAGCCAGAUCCCCCAGAUGCACUCGCCAGCAAGAUGCCUAUUCUGUUGCCUCCACAAGAAGCUCAUAUGAUGAGGAGCAGCAUAGGUCCCUAAUGACGGAGGGCACUUCCCAGGAUCCCAAACAUACACCUUCUGGGAUUGAGAUCCGACGGGUAUGUAGCCCUAGGGAGGCCCUAAGGUCAAAGGCUGUCAUCAAGCCAGCCAUUGUGGAGUUUGAUCGAAAAGAGGUCAUGUCAGGUGGGAGCACAGAAACAUUGACUGCUAAUGGGAAACCCAAGGUCUCCACCAAGCCAGCUGUGACUAGCAAGAUGACCAGCAGCAUCACCUUUUAUCCCAAUGAUCCAAGCUCCUCCAGGACCAGCAGUCGGAGCAGCAGUGUCUCUAGUGAGCCACCAGCCAAGGAGCGCCAUACGUCCACUAGCAACAUUGUUAUUGGCCCAAGUAGUGAGCAUAGAGGUAGCAUCUCCAUCCCUUAUGAAAUAUCUAUCCCAAAGAGUGAGAUUACAUUACGGCCACAACAGGGUGAUGCUAAUGACUCUGAAUCCCCCAGCAGCCUUGAGACAUCCUGCAUGGAGGCGCAGCUUCUGUCUCAGAGCAGCUUCAGUCUACAGUCUCCUGAGACUACUUCUGACUUCAACAAUGACACAGAGUCUGGAUUUGAGAGUGGCGUUAGUAGUACCACCACUACUGUAGCCACUUGGAAGAGCCAUGGUCUGAACCACCACUCAGCUCAGGAAGACAGUCUUUCUGAUAUGAGGAAUGUCACAGUGAGGAGCACCUGGAAGAACCGGGGAGCGUUAUCUGUGGAUGAUUCUGGCCGAGGCCCGAGGUUAAAUGACUCAGAUGAUGAGACUGAACCUACCACUACUUGGAGGGCUUAUAGGGCCACAACAGUCUUAGAUACAGAGGAGACAUUAACCAGUUCCAGUAAGCCAAGCCCAGCAGAAGUGUACAUGCGCAGAAUAAACAGUGUUGCACCGAGCAGGGACAAUGUGAACCACUACCGCAGGAGCAGGAGCUCCGCAGCUCCUGUGGAGGGAGGACUUCGCAGUAUCCCCCAUGAGCCUGUCAGCGCACAAGAGCUCAAACCUCGGAGCCGGAGGCAGCCCACUGCAGCAGAUGAUGGUGAACCACCUCAUACCUCCUGGAGAAAACAGCCACUGGGCCAGAUGGACAGGGAUCAGGCAGGAAACCGAGGGACAUGGUCCAGCAGGGCUCCGACGAGUCGGGUCGAGGGGCGGACAGGUGAAAACAGUCGACCCUGGAGUAACCGCCGUUUAGACAACUGA